AUGGACCAUCCGAGCGACGAUGAGAGCGCCCUCUCCUAUAGGUGGGACUUGGACCACAACCGCCUCAAGCCGGGUAAGGACUAUGUGCUCAACGUUGGCGGAGGCAAGACCAUCUGGGAGCGGGGGGACGCCGCUGAGGAGCGCCUCUUUGAACGGGUCGAGGAGGAGGUCUUCAGCCGCGAUACCUACCGGGCCUUCAUGCAGCUCCUCGAUAACUACGACCGCAGGCGCAGCGCAGCGGCCAUGCCCUGCAGCCCUCCCCGCCUACCCCCCCCCCUCUCACCCGGCCGCCCUUACCCGGACCGGCUGACCCCGCACGAGGUUGAGGAGAGCUACGCCUUUCUGAACGAAUGCCUGGAGGAGCCAGUGGGGCAAUACCUCUGGAAGUACCUGCAGGCUAAGCAAAAGGCGCCAAAGUCGAGCCGUGCCUUUGCACAGCAAAUCUUCAAGGUGUGGUUCAAGUCGUUCGGGCGCGGCGAGGCCAAGGGGGCGAGCAGCGGUUUCGAGCACGUCUUCCUGGGCGAGGAGGACACGACGCCCGAUGGCCGGAUCACCAUAGCCGGCUUCCACAACUGGAUCCAGUUCUACUUUGAGGAGCGCUGCAAUCACCUGGACUACCGUGGCUACAUCCUGCCCAAGCGGCGCGGCCGGCGCCCCGACGAGCCGCCCGACGGCACCGAGCACUUCCUCUCGGUGCAGUUCGAGUGGGAGGGCGAGACCAAGCCCGUCUCCGGCAUGUUCGUCGGCGUCUCGCCCGAGUUCGAGCUAGCGCUCUACACGCUGCUCUACUACGAGGGGGGAGACAACAACAAGCUCCACCUCGGCGACGUCGACGUCAACCUCCGGGUCUACCGGCUGGACCGCAUCGGGUGCAUCUCCUCCGCCUUCCCCGAGGCGGCGGACAGCCUCGACGCAUGA